GGGAAGGUGGGGGCAUGCGGCCACCUGCGUGUAACUCCUCCAGCCUGGAGCACGGGGUGUGCCCGGUGGCUGGGCUGGGCCUGCAGGGAGCCUGCCUCCCUCUCAGCUUAAGUCCUGAUCGGCAGCGAUCCCGGAGUGUCACUCCUCAGGUGUGAGUGCGUGUGUAGGUAGCUGGCUGCCUUCCUGGCCCCCUCUGCAGGUGGCUCACAGGCCAGGCAGCCAUGACUGAUGAGAAGGCCUUCCGCAUCGGCUUCAUCAUGCUGGGGCUCUUUCUGCUGGCCCUUGGCACGUUCCUCAUGAGCCACGACCGGCCCCAGGUCUACGGCACCUUCUACGCCAUGGGAGGCAUCAUGGUGAUCGGGGGCGUCAUCUGGAGCAUGUGCCAAUGCUACCCCAAGAUCACCUUCGUACCUGCUGACUCUGACUUCCAAGGUGUCCUAUCCACCAAGGAGAAGACACUGGGCCUUCUGGAGAGUGGGCUUGCUGCUGAGAUGAAGAGCCCCCAGCCCCCCUACGUCAGGCUGUGGGAGGCAGCUGCCUACGACCAGAGCCUGCCUGACUUCAGCCACAUCCAGAUGAAGGUCAUGAGCUACAGUGAGGACCCCCGCCCCCUCCUGGCCCCGGAACCCGGACAGCGGCAGCCAGGAGCCAGCGAUGGAGGAGAAAGUGGCCCUCGUGAUCCUCAGGGCUGGCUGGAAGCCGCCGUGGUCAUCCACAGGGGCUCGGACCAGGAUGAGGGAGAAAGAGACCCAAGUCAGGGCAGACACAGCCCCCCGACCUGUCCCCAGAGUCCUGCACCCUUGGCCUCCUUCCAAGAUGACCUGGACGUGGACUCCAGUGAGGGGAGCAGCCCCAGCCCAUCUCCACCUGAGGAAGCGGAACCUCAGCCCCCGCCUCCAGAGUCCUGGACCUGCAGGUGCCAGCGGGACCGCUUCCACGACUUUGCCCUGAUUGAUGCCCCCAUGACGGAGGAUGUGCCUCCAGAGAAGCAGCGACGGGAGGCAGCCACGCCUAGCUCCCAGCAGAGGUCCCCAAGGACAAAAGAGGAAGAAGAGGCUUCAGACACAGGCACAGAGGGGCCGGCACAGGAAGAGGAAGACCUGUACUAUGGGCUCCCCGACAGCCCCGGGGAUCCCCUCCCAGACAAGGAACUGGGCUUUGAACCUGAGGCCCAGGGCUGACAUGGAACUGCUCCUGGGGUUUCAACCUGGCUCCAGCACCAAUCUCCGUGUGACCUCACAGGGCUUCCAUUUCACUAACUACAAAAUGGGGUUUGAUUUUGCAGACUCUCAGUGGGCCGAGAGCACUUUGAGAAUCACACAGAGAGAUGAUUACAUUACUGGGCCAUUGCUGUUUCAAUUAAUACUUUUUUUGUGGA